AUGUGGGUGUUCGGCGGUAGUGGCGAAUCAGCCCAUAAGAGCAACAUUGAGGAGGCAAACAAACAUCUUGCGGCAAUGGCCCAGAAAAUUAGGGAGUUGGAAAAGAUAGUUGAGGACCAAAAACAGGAAAUUCUCGAAAAGGACGAACGAGCAACUCUGUGUAUAAAACAACUGGGCGACAACCACCAUACCGAGGUAGCUGAACUUAAGUCCAAAAUCAAGGACCACCUCUCCACCAUUCGCACUCUUCAAGGUGACGUGAAGCGUCGUGACACCGAACUGAACAUCCUGCGCCAGCGCGCCCGCAUGCUGGAUGAGGUGAUGCGCUACAAGGCGAGUCUGGCCAAGUUGACCAUCACCUUAGAGCAGGCGGAGCAGUAUUCCCGUUCGGUGGCCGGCCGAGCAGGUCUCAAUGAGCCUCGAUUAGCUGUCAACGGUGGCACUGACAGUGGCAGCAUAGCAGUAUAUACCGAACCCUCGCCUCGUAUCAAUUCUGGCACACCGUCCUACUACUUGGUGGAUGAAAUGCCGGAUGAGGAGUUGAUUGAUCGUGUUGGUGAGACGUAUAUAAAUGGGGAGAGGAAGAAGGCGAAUGAAGAGGCGGAUUCUGCAAAGCAGAAUAGAAAACCCACGCUGAUAGAAAAGGUGAAAGCAAAAGAGAUGAAGUAG